AGUUGUUAAAUCAGUUGUAUUUGGUGCCUCAGACAAUGAAUUCACUAGCCUGCCUAACGCGUCGCUUUCUCCAGGCAAGUUAUUGUUUGUGGGCCUUGGUUCCUUUACCGUCUUCGGCAAAGAUAUAUUCUUUUAUAGCAUUCAUUGCAUUGCGUGUCAUCUGGAUUCUAUAUUUUAGCUAUAUGCUAAGCCGAGGCAUCGGUUUUCUGUAUAGUGCCAAGAAAGUUAUUUCCGCUUUUGUGGGAACAUUUUUAUUCCUGGGCAACAAUGUGGUGGGUUUGCUGCUAAUCUUUGAAAGUAUUUUGAAGAGAAAUGUCCAUUACCAUUUGGACACCUUGCGCCUGCAGUCGGAGCUACUUCUUCAACGCCUCGGAAUGUCCCGUGGUCGUCGCAUUGUGUCGUUCCGUUUAUUACUUUUGAUCAGUUUGCAAUUGGUCUGCGAUGCGGUACGCACUUGGGCAAAUCAUAAGAGUUCCAUAAACCCCAUACACGGACUUUCCAUGCCAAUGAUUUGGCUAUUGCGUAUGAGAUAUAUCCAGAUGCUGCAGCAUGUCAUGGACCUGAAUCAGCGAUCCGUUCAGCUGCGUUGCUCCCUGCUUGCCCUAGCCAGUGGAAAUGAUCUCUGGCAACCGUAUGGCCUGCAGGAAUGCCGACAGUUGCAAACACUCCGUCUAAGCUAUGAACGUAUCUUUGAGUGCUACGAAGCUUUUAGCGAUUGCUAUGGCUGGGGAAUACUCGGAUUGCAAUUGAUAACAGGCUUUGAAUUUAUAUCAAACGCCUAUUGGAUGCUUGAGGCUUGGAUGUCUGCUAACAUCGUGAUUGUGGUCUUUAUCUACAAUGCAGCUACAACUCUGUCUAUGGGCAGUUUGAUCAUAGCCCUCUUCUGGUACGGCGACGCAGGGGCUGAAAAUGGUCGUCAAAUAGGUUGCCUUAUAUCCAAGUUGAUCAAACCGCUAGCCAGUAAACGUUACAACAACUUGGUAUGCGAAUUCUCGCUACAGACUCUGCAUCAACGGUUUGUGAUCACGGCCAAGGACUUUUUUAGCCUCAAUUUGCAUCUGCUGAGCAGUAUGUUUGCUGCUGUGGUCACAUAUUUGGUCAUCUUAAUACAGUUUAUGUUUGCAGAAAGCACCUUAAGAGUCAAGGACAACUAAUUCGAUUGCUACUCUAGAAAUAUUUAUCGACCAGUAUUGAAAAACGAUUACGUACAAGUGACAGAACCUGUCUCUAUUAUAAUAUGUCUUUGCUCAACAUUCAAAAAACAAAAAAAAAAAAUAAAAAAAAAAAUAAAAAAAAGGCACCAGCACGUAAAUACACUAUGGUUGCGGAAAACUUGGACAUUGAUGCGGACAUGGAUUUCGUGAACAAUCUACUCAACUCGGAAAAUAUAAAUGCCGAGCACAAAGUUCGUGGUCUUCUUCUUGAUAUAAUGUACACUUUGGCCAGAGAUGCACUUGUUGAUACCAAACGCUUUACCAAGCUUACGCUUAGAUCCAAAGUUGAUAUGGAAGAUAUUCGCAUGGAAAGAUCCUUAUUAAUUCCUGAGGACAUCAAGGAUCCUCUGCCAAUGCCACCGCCAGCAAAACGAAAGAAACUCCGUGACGUAAAGGCAAAUCUCAAACAAGGCGCUAAAGGACAUUUGAACUCUUGCGAUUUAAGAAAACCUAUUCCUAGUCCCGCAAAAAUUAAACGCCCAAAUGAAACCAAAA